AUGGAAAAAGCAAGUGACAUAUCAAGUUCGGACGAGAACAAUGGUGAAGUAAAUAUUCGUGGUAAAAUCUCUGAAUCUUCAGGUAGUGAAAGUUCCACGGAACAAGCAGAUCAAGUGACUAGUGAUCGUGUACGAGAUCUUUGCAGCUCAAAAGAACAUCAGGAUAGGCAUAGAUAUCAUCACGUUAGAAGACGCUCUGGAACUUCCAAGUCAAAUGACAAAUGUGAAUACGUUCGAUCACAGUCUAAAUUCUCUUCAAAAUCAAAUCAUUCUCCUGAAAAUAUUCGUACAAGCGAUUAUACUUCAUCGGAUAAUGAUAGCGAACUCAUUUCUCCUUCAAAAUCUUUUCAGCAUAUUAAGUCUCGUAGAGAACAUGCGCGUGUUUCAGAUGUAUUUUCCAAAAGUGAUUCGAAAAGUCCAAUUGGAUCGAGUUUACCAUCUGAUAGUGAAAGUUCGGACCUAUCAACUGAACCACAAAAUAACCCCGAUGAAGCUCGAAGAUUUACAAAACCUUCACCGGAUGAACUUUUUGAGAUUUCAGAUUUUAAAUCAGACUCCCCUAAUCGUGGUCGUUUAUCACUUGUAGAAACUUCACACUUUGAAUCUGCGCGGAACAGAAAUUCCAAUGAUUCACUUUCUUCACCUAUUUCUUCACAACCAGAGAGUGCAUUGGAUUCCGAAGAAAAUGAAGAUACAGAGCUAACGGUCGUUGGUAAAAUCCACAAACCUGAAAAAUGUACUGCCUUCCAACGAUCACCCGUCUCCAAACCUGUUUGUCCUGUUCAAGAAGUUCGACGCAGAAGAGGUCGACCACGAAAGAACAACCAAUUGUCACCUAAAUAUUCAUCUAAUUUCAGUCCACAAAAAGAGACAUCUGGUUUUGAAGAUUCUUUGGUUUCUACAGAAUCUAGUUCUGAAGACGAUAUGUUUAAGACAAAUGAUAAUAGUUCCCGCGAUUUCUCUACUUGUGAUAAUAUCCCUUCAAAAGUUAACCAAGUGAAUCAUCAAUCAAACACCGACUGGUCUAUAUUACGUGCAUCUUUGGAGUUCCAAUCUUCAGAUUUUCCUACUAUUCCUUUGACAUACAACUCUCAACCAUCUGGAGGUUCACGUAGAAAACAGAAUCUUGGUGGCUUAUGCAGAAACAAUAUGGCCUUGUCAACUACUGAUCAAAAAAAUAAAUGUACAUCAUUUCCAGACACUGAUAUUCCUCAGAAAAUGAGUUUGAUCUCUGAUCAAAAACUCCAUAGAUAUCCAUUAUACCAUUCUCCAGGAUUUCCUGUAUCAUCAAGGGAUCGUGAUAAUUUGAAGCUAUCUGAAAAAUAUAUAAAGUCGGAUGAUUUAGAUGGAGAUAGUACGGAUAGUGCUUCAAUGGAAUCUGUAGAUAUUGUGGAAACUGUGGAGUGUAAAUAUAUGUGGCCUGAACCCCUCCUUACCGAGCAUAAUUAUUUUCGUGUUCCUGAGAUUGGAUCUGUCAUUCAUUAUCGAUCUACUAGGAAAGUAACUAAACACAAUUUAAAGUCAAAGGAUAGUUUCGUCGACAGUCAUUUGACCACAGCGGACAAUUUACGAAAACGCUCUUGGCCAACAGACCCUACGUACAUUAGUGGCGGCGUCAGUGAUGAUGAUUCCCAUGAUUCUUCUAAGUGGUUCAAACUGUCGAAGCGUUCGAAUGUUUCAGAGUUAAGAAAUGAAGAGGUUACUGGAAGUUGUAAAGCUGACUUAAAAGCAAAUCAGCUUUUGACAGAGGAGAAUAAGAAGUCAAAAUAUAAUGAAGCAAAACCUGAAACUUCGAAAGUUCGUGGGUCACGUGAACUGGCCAGUCUUUUAGCACCAGUACCUAAAUCCGAAAUUCGUCGUGUUAUGGGAGAAUCUUGCGGUCUACUGAAAGAAGACAUUUACAAACGUAUGUCUGGAGAGCGAGGUUUUUCUCGAUCACAACCACAUUUUCAACCAAGGUCGGCAUCUGAAGAAGAUUACAUCCUGAGGAGUAUUCUCGUUUUUGGUAUAGAUGCAGAAGAUCUUAGUUUUAUGUGUGAAGCCUAUCAGUUUCUGCUAAGCAAAUACCAUUCACCAUUAGAUGUCACUACAUAUGAUAAUUUCAAACAAGACAAUUUUUAUAUGAACGCUAAAGUCGUUGAUCCUCGUGUUGUAAAUAUUAUAAGCCUUUCACAUUGGGUUGAGCAUCCGCCUACCCUUGCCGCUGAUCCCAUUACUGUCAAAACACACGUUAAUGAUAGUGGACAUCUUGUUAAUUCACGCAAUUUGUGGUCAGGUCGACAGAAGCAUGAGCGUCAACGAUAUCAAUACAAAUUAUUGUGUUCUAAGAAUUCCACAUCCAAAUUAUCUUCUGUUCACCAUAAAUCCUUUGCAAGAUCAUCUGAUUCAGAUGACCUUUAUUCCUCUUUAUCUGAUCAAUCACUAAAUCACUCUUCUGAUGAAAAAUACAAAAAGGAUUUGAGCAACAGCUCAGUAUGUAAAAAGGAAUGUUCUCCCACUUACUCACCUGUAAAUACUUCAUAUAAUCAUAAACUAAGACUCUCCUGGCCUAAGUUUGACGACCAAAUACUGGCGGUAGCGAAUUAUGCUGCUUCUUUAAGUGAGAAUGUUGAUACAGUUGGAGAUAGUGUUGAUAUUCACCUUGGUCCUGCAGCCUGUUUACCACCAAUCCAUUCAUCAGGGUCAGCUCGAACACAGGGCUAUUACCGAAUGCCUACUGAAGAAAGAUUUCGACGUCCUUGGUGUGUCGGUCGAAGUUUAAUUGGAGAAGAUGGUCGUCGUCGCCCCAUUCCCUUAAUGCCUGCAACUGUGCAAGCACAGCUUGGAGGUGAUGCAGCAUUACAAGCUAUUGGCGAGAAUAUUGAGGAACGUUUAACCGAACAAGCAUCUGAAGCCAAGAAAAAACAACUCACUCAAUUUCGAGAGGCUCGGUCUGUUCAACGUCGAUUGUUAGCUGAAUUCCAAGAUAUUGAAACUGGCGACUUGCUUAAAUUUAAUCAGUUAAAGUUUCGUAAAAAGCAGCUCAUAUUCGCCAAAUCGCCUAUCCAUGCAUGGGGCCUGAUAGCUUUGGAACCGAUAGCUGCCGAAGAAAUGGUGAUUGAAUAUGUUGGUCAUGUGGUUCGUAAGGGUGUCGCUGAACUACGUGAACGUCAAUAUGAAGCCAAAGGAAUCGGUGGCUCUUAUCUUUUCCGAAUUGAUGAUGAGUUUGUAAUUGAUGCCACAAUGUGCGGCAACAAUGCUCGGUUUAUCAACCACAGUUGUCAGCCUAACUGCUAUGCCAAGAUAAUAAUGGUUGAAAGUAAGAAAAAAAUUGUUAUAUAUUCCAAAAGAGACAUUAAUGUUAUGGAAGAAAUUACGUAUGACUACAAAUUUCCUUAUGAAGAAGAUAAGAUACCAUGUCAAUGUGGAUCAUCAUCUUGCCGUGGAACGCUUAAUUAG